CCGGUGACCGAACUUUGGUGUGGCUCGUAACGAGCGUUUGUGGAAUUAUGAAACCUUUGUUUUUUUGUUCGGUUAACGGCCUAAAAAUCCGAUAAAACCGAGUAUAUUGGCAGGGCAAUUAAACACAUUGACCAUGGAUAUCCAUAGACCCCCACCAUCUUAAAGAAAAUAAAACAUUUUGAAAAGCAUCUGAUUAUACAUAUUGACCAUGGAUAUCAGUAGACCCCCACCAUUAUAAAGGACAUGAAUGAAACAGUUAAAGAGUGGUGCAUGUGUUGGCAGCCUCCGCCUCUCCCUCCUCAGUACCAUCCAGCCUUCAUAGAAAUGUAUGACCAUGCCAGGGUUGAUCCUAGCUAUGUCAUAUAUACAGAAAAAUGUGAAGGAUACAUAGAGAUACCAGAAAUACUGCCCACUAAAGGUGUGACUGUUGUGACUUUUGCUGGAAGUAAAGUACAAAACGCGGGGCUGGCUGGGGGGUGGAUAGCACUGAUUGUCAUCAUAGUCCUGAUUAUUUUUAUCCUCCUAUUUGCAUACUUUGCACGGAAAAUGUGGCUUAAAAUGAAGCGGACUGGCAGGUAUGAACCUGUUACCGGGAACGUUCCCCUAGAAGUUUACGAAAGCACCAACUAUCUCGACAACAAAGCAACCAGAGGCCAAUGCUGGAAAACAUCCAACUUGACAACACCUGAUAAUAAUGGGAUCGAGAACAUGUAUAACUCCCUGCCUCGAUCAAACGGGAUGUCGUCAUGUGAUAUGGAGGUCCCAGAUGGAACAGUUGUGAAUGGUGCAUUGAGUAGCCAGGAGAAUAAACCACAAAAUGUCAAGAGAGUGGGUGUAAAAAAUGGGUUGCCUCAAGGUCCAAAUUCCACAGAACGUCCAUGGUCCCAAAAGUUUGAGGAUAUUCAUUUUAUUGAUGACCCUCCAUCUCCACCACCUGCAUAUGAUCAGGCAGUUGAAGGUGCCAAUACAUAUGGGGCAUUGCAACGAGACAGUGGGGGAUUUAACAGUAAAGUGUUGCACAAAGGUGGGGAUAUCCAAGGACUUGAUGAUAAAACAGUUGAUGGAAAAAUGAUUGAAAAUCAAGAUAGUGGGAAAGGUAGUUUGCCACCAAUAGAGGUAACACAGAAAAGUUCACCGAAAAAGAAAAAGAAAGCAUUUUUAAAAACACCAAGACAAGUGAAAGAUGAGAAAAAUCCAAGGACUUAAGGUGCUGCUUAGCUUGUUUAAGUAAGCUGUAAUGUGUAAGCAACCCACAGCUACUUAAUUGUUAAAUGGUUAUGGUCAACAGGCAUUUAAAAUGUGCAAUGUCAUACCUAAUUUGUCAUCUCUAAUCGGCAAUUACCAUUUCUUUGUCAAAGUCACAUUGCUUCCUCAGAAGAGAAACAUUAGAAAAGCAUAAGCAUUGUUGUUCAACGAUUGUCUUCAUUUGUCCAUUUUUCUUUGAUACUGCACCUCAAUACCUAAUUCCAUUGUUAAGGGGUGAGAAUAUUCUAGUUGUAAAGGUGUCCACCUCUAACCCAAGAGGUUGUGGGUUUGAUCCCCACCAGGGGUACUUUCUCAUGGCCUCUGAAAAGGACACCAGUACUAGUUCCUGGCCAAGAAAUGGACUCUAGAGAGAUUUUAGAAGCAAUCAACAUUUGUCACAAUCAAGGUGAAGUAUGAACUAAACUGUAGAUUUUAAUGAGCUAAAAGCAAAGCUUAAAAGCAUAAAUAAUUGUGUUUUUUAAAUUUGAUCUAGUUCUAGCUUGUCUGUGGGUUUUUUUGAGAAAAGAAAUGUACCCGUACUUAUUGUCAUAGCCUUGAUGUUGUUGGUGUUGUCAGCAUCGUCGUCGUAGUGCAAACGCUUUAACCUCUGUCAUUAUAUUCAAAAACUGUUAUUCAAAUGAAACUUGGAACACAUCUUGCCAGAGGCUAUUUGCAGACGCAGCAUGAGGCCCAUGACUCUUGAUUAAAAAAUUGUUGAGUAUUGCCCCCUUUUGCUGAACAACAUUCAAUUGUAAGCCUUCAUUCUGCAGCGCUCUAGUUUGUCAAGAGUUUCUAUCACUAUAACAACAGAAUGUUCCUAUAAAAGCAAAUUUGAUUUCACCUGCAAGCUGUUUUCGUUUCUAUUUUUUAAAUGAAUAGGGAUUAGUGUGUAUGUAUGUAUGAAAUUAAUCAUUUUGAUGUCAACAGUACCAUUAUUGGUGCCGAGCCAUCAACUUGUAAUGGGCAUUCUAUGGGAGUAAAUUUCAGCACCGUAGUUCCAUGUUAGCAUUUGUUUUAAAUGAUUCAUUAUUCUGUCCUACAUUCCAAUGUUGAAGUCUUUCUUCUUGUUCAGUGUUAACUUAUGAUCUAUGAACUGUAGCUGAGUGAGGUCGAACACAAAGAAGUUGUUUGUUUACUGUUAACCCUGACCCUGCCUUUGUAAAACCGCCAACCCAAGAGAUUUCUUUCCAUUUCUGGUUUUAAAAUGUACAGCCAGACAAUGAUUUAUUUUUUAAUUUAGAACCCAGAGUUAAUAUAAGUAUCUAUCAUGUGUUUCUGGUACUGAUAGAAAAAUCCGACCUGCGGGCAUGUGCGUAAUUCUUGCAUACCGGACGUGUGUUUCAGGUCAUGUGACCAGUGCUGGAAAAACCCAUCUUACAUACCCCAUGUAAGAUGAGUCACGCGCAACAACGCUUAUUUCAGCUUCUUAUUUCAUUUAUUGUAUGGUUUAUGAAAGAUAUAGAAUGCCAUUUCAUUAAAGUGCAAUCAAAUAUAUAUGUUUGCAAGUCUUUUAAUUAAAACUGAUAAUAAUUCAUCGUAAAAAACGCUAUUUUUAGUUAUUUAAAAUUACUGCGCUCUAUGACGUCAGCAAACAACGUCGCACGCACUUUUUGGUGUAAAUGUACGAAAGUUUGUUUUCUACGUCAUUUUUUUCCAUAAAUUCAUAAUUUUAGGUAUGCAAGAAAAAAUAUCAAUCAUGUUUUUCCGGUCCGGAUCGAAAAAUACGGCCCUCGGGCACGCUGCGUUACGGUAACUCGGCAAGCCUCGUUACCGGCUAACGCGCAUGCCCUCGGGUCGGAUUUUUCUAUCCGUACCAGAAACACAUGAUAGAUACUUAUAUUCCUUAAUAGUGACUAUAUUCGUAUCGUUGCACUCCCCUCAAAUUUGGAAAUUCAUCUUCAAAUUCCAGAUAUAUUUAUAUGCUAUAAAAGUCUGAUGGCCAAACGUGCUAGCAAUAGCGGUCCCAUAAUCUUGACAUAAGGUUUUUCCAAAAAAGAUCCCUACCUACCAUUUCUAGUAGAUUUUGGAUGUUAACCUUAAACAAACAAUUUAUUUUGUUAGGCCUGAUGUCAGUGUUGGCAUUUUAUGCAUUUCAAUGAAGGUUGUGGCUGUACAUAUGUAAUAUGUUGACUUAUGCUGUAAAAGAAUUAUUGCCAUAUUUUAGUGUGUUUAAGUUCAAUAUCAUGUUCAAAGUAAUAUGUGACACAAUAUGUGAAAACAGGCUAAAGGCAAUUAUGAUGUAACUUAGGGAUUACAUUUGAUAAAUUUUUACUGUAGGGCGUUUUUGUUGAUACCAAACCAGUUUCAGUUUUGGUUUCAGCAGUUACAAAAUUGUUUUUUAUAGUUUUGCUUGAAGUAACAAGUGCAUGGUUUUGUUUACAUUUUCAACAACAUGGCAGAGCUACUGUGGCUACUGAGGCACUCAAUUACUAAUAAAACCCUUUUCAUUUAGCUCAUUUGCCCAUUGUAAGGCAUUAUUGUCAAAAAGAUUGCGUUACAACAAACGUGGCUGAUCACUUUCCGCCAUGUUGUUUUCGAAGUAAACUAGAUUUCGGCUGGAACGAACCGAUAAAACCGCCUCCGGUAGGGGUUUCGAUAGUUUCAAAAACCAGUUUCGGUUUUUGUUAAAAAAUGAUUAAAAUUGGUUUUGGUUUUAUUUGAAACUUUUACAACAAAUACACAGUUCGUGAAACCGAUAUAAAACCAAAACCAGUUUAAUACCAACAAAAACGCCCGUAGUUAAUUGACAGUAAAAAUAAAACCAAUGUCACCCUUAAAUAACCAGCUUGUUGAAAAAAAAAUCUCAGUCACCUGUGGCCUGGUUUUCACAGACAGUGUCAAAUAUUAUGGUUUUGUGAUUAACUAUGAGUCCUUUAACAGUGCUAUUCAUCGUAAUAAUUAUGUCCUUUAAAUUCUUUUCAGUGGCCUGGCCACACAAAAACAAUGUAUUUACUGUUGUUUUAUGUGAAGGGCAUAAAGAAGUACAAAGAAGUACAUUCCUUUGCAGAUGCUAUAGUCUGUCCGUCCGUAAACCAAACCUUGUCCGAUAGAUAACUAAAGUAAGCUUGGUCCUUAAGUCCUCAAACGUGGCAGGGAAGCUGGUUAUGACCAGCAGAUGACUUCUAUGUAUUUUGAGGUCAAAGGUCAUGGUCGCGGUUACCUUGGACACAAAAAGCUUUUCCAAAUGAUAUCUCGAGUAUGCUUCUUCCUACAGUCCUCAAACCUGUUAGGAAGGUUUGUUAUGUCCAGCUAUUGGUUUUGAGGUCAGUAGGUCAAAGGUCUUGAUUAUGGUGACCUUGAACAAUAAAAGCUAAUUAAUAACUAGAGUACACAACAUUAAGAACUGGUCAAUAACUCUUCCUACAGUCCUCAAACUUGUAGGGAUGUUGGUCAUAACCUUAAAAUACCCCAUUGACACUUUUAAUGUGAAAUGACUUUUUGGUUGUCAGAAGGGGAGGAAAGAUGUUUUACAAACAUCACUUGUGCUUUUCUUCUGACAAGACCCAAUGGGGAGCAUUUGUCAGGUGUUUGUGACAGUGCUUGUUUACUGUUUUACUUAGUCAUAAUCGCCCCUAACAAAAACCUCUUGAACUUCAGACCUAUGAUAAGAUUUGGACCCUUUUUCAUUCAAGAUUUAUAGCAUCAGUUGAAAUUAUUUUGCAUUCUUAUAUAUUUGAUUUGAACUUGAAACAUUGAAACAAUGUUGCAGAAGGGUGAUUUGAUAAUUUACUGAGCUAAAUAAAUACAUGAAAUGUCCAUAAAUAGCGAACAUAAUUUUCGAUGCUAUUUAUUAAUGACAUCACAUUAAAAGUUAUUACAUUAGUUAUAAAUAAUAAAAAAAAGGUAAUGAUGUUACUUCAUGAUGGUGAUGUCAUUUAUGAUAUGAAUUGUUUCAUAAAUCUUAUUUUGGUGCCUUAAAUAUUUUGUGAAUAUUAUUAAUUUCUUAGCAUUUAAGAAAUUAAGGCUACAAGCCAUGCAAUGUUGUCAUUGUUUUACUUUGCGGAAGCAUAACUUCAAGGGAAACAUUUUUACUAGUCUCACAUUGGAAUUGGCAUUUGAUGGUAACUUUUACAUUGAUAUAACUUGAGUCAAGUUAUAUACCUCGUUUAUUAUUUUGUUUAUUUCUUUCUGAAAACUUAUUUGUUUUUCUGCUGGUGCUUUAAAAAUAUUUUAGAAUAGAAACUCGACUUGUCAAUAGACGUUGCAUUUAUAACCUGUUUUUUCUUGUUAUAUACAAAUCCGAAGUUCAUCCAUACUGUUCAAUACAAUUUAGUGUUCAAUAUUAUGUUUUGUUUCAUGUGUGUUGCAUUAUUUUUCAGGUUUCUUUUACUCUUUUUUUGGAAAACUGCACUCAGCCUUUUCUGGCUUUCAUCUAAUGUGUUGAUAUUAUUUAUUUCUUAUGUGUUCAAGUAGUUAAUGGUAAAAGCAAUGUGAUGUAAAUAUUGAUUUACUUUGCUGAAGCAAAACCUCAAGGGAAAUAUUUUAACUAGUCUCUAGAUAUUACUUUAGUCGAGUAAGAUACCUUGUUUACUUUCUUUGUUUAUUCCAGUCCGAAAACUUAAUUUUACAUCAUACGUUUUAUACAAAUCUUAAGUUCAUCCAUACAGUCUAAUAAAAUUUAGUGUUCAAAGUUAUAUUUUGUACAAGAGAAUACCAGAUUUUUCCAAAUUUACCUUACAUUUAUUUUAGUAAAACAGCAGUCAGACAAGUUACCGCUUUUAAUCAGGUGAAUCAGUAAAUUAAAACAGAAGCUGGACAAGUAGAUGAAAUAUAAUCUCAACCACUAAGCUUGUUAAGGGGCUAUUAAUAUGCAUUUUUUGGUUAAAACUGGUUAUGUGACCAUUUUGCAUUAACAGUCACAUUAAACCAUUUAUUUAGGUAAAUACAUAGUGUGACAUACUAAUAUCCAUCAACCAUUUCUAAUACACUGGUUUAAGCUGGUUUUGACGAUCAUUUCCUUAGCAUUCUCAUAUCAAUGUUUUCAAAACACAAACAGCAUGUCAGCAAAAAAAAAAAAAACUACAGCGAAAUACUUCCUCGUGUUGUUACUAUCAAGUUUACAGCAAAUAAAGUUACUGUUUUUAUUAAUUGAAAAUUCGAGUAAUUCAAAAAUAUUUGUCAAAAAUAACUGCUGUUUUUAUGUGCCAUGUGUCACUGGAAUUGUGUUUUUCCUCAAAUUAUCAGAUGCAUAUUGUUGAUCUUAUUGAGGUCCGUUUGUCUGUUGUUUUAAAAUUUUGAACAGUGGCUUUUUAUGAUAUUCAUUUAGUCAUCAUUUUCAGCUGGAUGGGUCGGUUGCAUUCGUCAAGUAAACACUUGAGUCCAUGAAAGUCUUGAUAACAAGUCAAUUUUGGUGCAUGUGUUCUUAACGCAGUUACAGACAUAAUUUUCAUUACUGCCAUUUUGUGUAUCCUUCUUUUGCUGUUAAUAUUGUUUUCAAAGUUGUGUGCAUUUAUUUUUGUAAUAAAAUAAAUAAAUUUCUUAAAAAAGUUGUCUUAUCAUUGUUACAA